AUGGCUUCUAUCCAAGACCGUGCUCAGCACUUUGUUGCCCAGCUCGACAAGGAGCUUACCAAGUACCCUGUCCUGAACAACCUUGAGCGUCAGACCUCUGUCCCCAAGGUUUACGUUAUCCUGGGUCUUGUCGGCGUCUACUUCUUCCUUGUCUUCUUCAACAUCGCUGGCGAGUUCCUUGUCAACCUUGCCGGUUUCGUCCUCCCCGGUUACUACUCCCUUCAGGCUCUGUUCACCUCGAGCACUAAGGAUGACACCCAGUGGUUGACUUACUGGGUCGUUUUCGCUUUCCUGACCACCAUUGAGAGCGCCAUCAGCGCCGCUUACUGGUUCCCCUUCUACUACAUCUUCAAGUUCGUCCUUGUCCUCUGGAUGGCUCUGCCCCAGACCAACGGCGCUCAAAUUGUUUUCAACUCCUUCCUCCAGCCCCUGGUUGGCCGUUUCUUCUCCAGCUCCGGCACCUCCGCCAACCUCCGUGCUCAGGCCGAGGCUGCUGCCAAGUCCCAGUAA